AUGGUUACUCCCGAAGUAAAAGAAGAUCCAAAAAAGACCGCUAAACGCGACGCAUUAAGAGCUAUAGAACAAAGAAUUCAAGAACUUUGGGAAAAUGAACAUGUAUUUGAGGUCAAUGCACCGUCUUUGGAGAAAGAACCCGAUGAUUCUGUUCUGCAUGAUAAAUAUCCUAAGCAUAUGGGCACAUUCCCAUACCCAUAUAUGAACGGAAGAUUACAUUUGGGGCAUUUUUUUACUGUUACAAAAGUUGAGUUUGCAACAGGUUAUGAGAGAAUGAAAGGAAAACGCGCUUUAUUUCCAAUGGGAUUUCAUUGUACAGGCAUGCCAAUUAAAGCUUGUGCAGACAAACUUGCUCGAGAAUUAGAACAAUUUGGUCCAAAUUUCAAAAUUCCUGAUGAAAUAAAAGGAGUUAAUGAUUUGAAUUUGAAAGAUGCUAAUAAAUCAGAAUCCAAGAACCCUCUUGAAACAGAAACAAAAGCUUUUCAUAAAAAAGGCAAAGUUGCAGCAAAAUCUACUGGGUUAAAAUAUCAAUUUCAAAUAAUGCAAAGUAUAGGAGUUCCGGAUGAUGAGAUUGCUAAAUUUGCGGAUGCAAAUUAUUGGCUUGAAUAUUUUCCUCCCCUAGCUAUUAGAGAUUGCAAAGCACUUGGAACUAAGAUUGAUUGGCGUAGAUCCUUUAUAACAACUGAUGCCAAUCCAUAUUAUGACUCUUUUGUUCGAUGGCAAAUGAAUAAAUUAAAAGUUCUUAAUAAGAUUAAGUUUGGUGAGCGCUACACUAUUUAUUCACCAAAGGAUGGACAACCUUGUAUGGAUCAUGAUCGACAGAGCGGUGAAGGGGUUGGACCACAAGAGUAUACGGGUAUAAAACUUAAGGUUUUAGAAUGGAGUAAAGAGUUGCAUAAUGUUUUGGGAUCGCUCAAAGAAUUGGAAGGCAAAAAUAUUUAUUUUGUUGCUGCCACUCUCAGACCGGAAACAAUGUAUGGACAAACGAAUUGUUUUGUUGGAGUUAAUAUAAAUUAUGGCCUUUUCAAUAUCAACAAAACUGAUGUCUUUGUGUGUACUUACCGUGCUGCUCGAAAUAUGGCAUUCCAAGGUUUCUCUAUUGAACGUGGUCAUGUUAGUCAAAUAAUUGAAAUCAAAGGGGAAACAUUGGUUGGUACCAAAGUAAGCGCUCCAUUGAGUAAAUAUGAACAAGUUUAUGUAUUGCCAAUGGAAAAUGUUCUAGCAACAAAGGGUACAGGAGUUGUAACAUCUGUUCCAUCUGAUUCUCCUGACGAUUAUGCUACUUUCCAAGAUCUUAAAAAAAAAUCCGAUUAUUACAAGAUUGAUCCAUCUUGGGUAGCUUAUGACCCCAUACCAAUCAUUCAAACACCUACAUAUGGAGAUCUUGCUGCACCAACAAUUUGUCAACAAAAAAAGAUAAACUCUCAGAAGGAUCAAGUGAAAUUAGCUGAAGCAAAAGAAUUAGUAUAUAAAGAAGGAUUUUACAACGGUAUAAUGCUUGUUGAAGAUCAUAAAGGAAAACCAGUUCAAGAAGCAAAACCUUUGAUCAAAAAUUUGUUGAUUUCCGCUGGACAAGGAUUUGUAUAUAAUGAACCAGAAGGUUUUGUGUUGUCUCGAUCAGGAGAUGAAUGUAUUGUAGCUCUUUGUGAUCAAUGGUACUUGGAUUAUGGUGAAGAAGAGUGGAAAAAACAGGCCGAAAAAUGUCUAAAAAAAUUAAAUACUUUUGGAAUAGAAUCAAGAAAUCAGUUUGAAAAAACUCUUGAUUGGUUGAAUCAAUGGGCAUGUGCUAGAUCUUAUGGUCUUGGAUCAAGAUUACCGUGGGAUCCUCAAUAUUUGGUUGAAAGUUUGUCAGAUUCUACAAUAUAUAUGUCCUAUUAUACUGUAUCUCAUUUAUUACACGGUGAUACUUUAAAUGGUUCAAAACCAGGACCACUUGGUAUCCAAGCAUCAGAAAUGACAGAUCAGGUUUGGGAGUGCAUAUUUUGUAAUGGCCCUUAUCCGGAAUGUUCAAUACCAAAAGAAAAGUUCGAUAUAAUGAAACGAGAAUUUAAUUAUUUCUAUCCUUUGGAUCUUCGAGUAUCAGGGAAAGAUUUAAUUCCAAAUCAUUUAACAUUUUUUAUUUAUAAUCAUGUCGCUAUUUUCCCUGAAAAAAAUUGGCCUCUUGCUGUAAGAUCAAAUGGUCAUUUACAAUUAAAUAGAGAAAAGAUGAGUAAGAGCACAGGGAAUUUCAUGACAGGUUCUGAUGCUGUACUAAAAUAUGGUGCGGAUGCUACGAGGAUUACAUUAGCUGAUGCCGGAGAUGCAAUUGAAGAUGCUAAUUUUGAGGAGUCCACUGCAAAUGCGGCUAUCUUAAGAUUAUUUAAUUUAAAGGAAUGGUGUGAGGAGCAAAUAAAAAACCAAGAUAAUCUUCGAACGGGAUCCAAGGAUAGUUUUCAUGAUCGUGCCUUCGAGAAUGAGAUCAACAAACUAAUUCUACAAACCGAAAAAGCAUAUGAUGAUGCGCUUUAUCGUGAUGCACUUAAAUAUGGAUUUUAUGAAUUACAAACCGCUCGUGAUUGGUAUCGUGAGGUUACUAUGCAAGAAGGCAUGCACAAAGAUUUGAUAUUACGAUGGAUUCAAGUACAUGCAUUGUUGAUCGCACCUAUUGUUCCACAUUGGUCAGAAUAUAUUUGGAGAGAAGUUUUGUUGAGGAUGUUCCCAGAACCAUCUGUCCCUAUUGAUGAAGGGUUGCUUGAUGCGACAGAAUAUGUUCGAAAAAUGCUUAAAUCAAUCCGUGAUUUAGAAAUCGCAACCCAGAAGAAAAAGAAAAAGGGAAAAUCUGAUAAUUUUGAUCCAAAUUUACCAAAAGAACUCAAAUUAUUUGUUGCUUCAAAAUUCCCGGAAUGGCAAGAUACUUCCGUCGAAGCGAUUAAACAAAGUUAUGAAAAGGACAUUAAUACAUUUGAUGAUGUUAAAAUUCGCGCCAUUUUAUCUGAAAAAGGAAUUUUGAAAAAUAAAAAGACUAUGCCAUUUGUCCAAGAAUUUAAGAAACAAGUCGAAAAACAUGGCACAGUGGCAUUUAAUAGAGAAUUAUCGUUUAAUGAAUAUGAGACUUUAUUUGCAGUUAAAGAAUUCUUCCGAAGAAAUCUUGGAUAUAAAAGAGUUAUAGUUAUGAGAGGAAUUUUAGCCAAAGAUGAAGAAGAAAAAAAGGUUGUAGAGCUAGCGGUUCCGGGAGAGCCAGCAAUAUUAUUUAGGAACAUUGAUCCCGAAUAA